CUCAUAUCGCGCGCUCUCCUCUUCACACUGGAUCAAUGCAAAUCUCCCGGUAACCUCAUCUAGUUCAGACUCUUCUUUGUGCAUUCUCGCUCCAGCCGCCAAUUAUAGAUACUACUAGUAGGGCUCCAGCAUUGUAUUCAGUGGUGCACAAGAAAGUACCGAGCUCGUCUUUUCAAUAUUGUUCUCUCAUUUCAUACGAUCUCAAGGGUUAGGAUCGAAAUAUGCAGACCACAAGGUUCUGGGCACAAAACGAGGAUGCGUUCGGACCUCAGGUUCUAGGUUGUCGCGCAGGCUUUGACUUCACUGUCUACUUUGAGGAAGUUGUAUUCACCAUUUCCCCAGCGUCGUUACUCAUAUGCUGUUCCCUGAUCCGGUGGGAUUAUUUGCGCUCCCAUGACAUUGUCACAAACGCUGGCACAUUGUUGACCCUCAAUCUGAGUGGUUGGGGCGUCCUAUCUGCUUUGCGCAUUGUCCUUCUGGUUCUCUGGACGCUACCAUCGACCCCCAAAACAUCAGUAACCAUCUCAUCCCAAAUUUUGAACCUAAUAUCUUCUGUACUUGCGGGGCUUCCAUCAUGGCUAGAGCAUCGUCACUUCUUCAGACCCUCCGCUGUUCUCUCAGCUUACCUUUUCUUGACAUCUGUCUUUGACAUUGCAAUAGCACGAACCUUGUGGCUGGCUCUCCCGGGUAGCUCCAUACCUGGCAUCUAUUCGGCCAACCUCGCGUUGAAGUUGGUCCUUAUCGUGUUGGAAUCGCAAGACAAGACAGACUUGCUACGUGUUCGCGAUAACUAUCCCGCAGCCGAAAGCACUGGCGAUAUCUUUACCCGCACUGUUCUGGUAGCUGAACCCGGUUCUAUUGCGGGGGAACGGGCAUCAGUUGUCUAUCGAUGACCUGACCCUUGUACACGCUAUACGCUGCCCAGAGAUGGCUGACACUCGUUUUGGACCUUGUCAUUUCCGGACUAGCCGUUAUUCUCGCAGGUAUUGCCAUUGCUGUGCAAGGUUCGCUAAGUACUGGGCUAGUCGGACUUGCAUUGGUCAACCUCAUCAGUUUGGCUGGCAACGUGAAGCUCCUAGUCAUGCAGUGGGCGCUGCUGGAGACAUCACUUGGCGCGGUGGCCCGCAUCAGGGCAUACGAGAGCAUCACGCCAUCUGAAGUCAAGUCUGAUGAGGACCGGGAGGUUCCUACCAACUGGCCACGUCAAGGAAAGGUGGAAAUUGUCCGAGCAUCGACACGGUACUCGGAUGCUGGUCCACUCGCCCUUAGUAACCUCUUGUUGUCGAUCCCAGCCGGGAGUAGAGUCGGAAUAUGCGGACGCAGUGGGAGGUGAGUAACGCUGUUUCUUCACCUGCCGGCACUGACCAUAUCAUCACAGUGGCAAGACAUCGCUCUUUUCUGUCC